CCGGUUAGAGAUGAGAAGUAACAAGUUUUCAAUCGGCGCCGCGGUGGGACGGCGGUCGCUGUGCCAUGUCGAAGGAAGGGUACCUUAUACGCCAUGGAGCCAAGUCGAGCGAGAUCCUGUAUUGCAUCGUGCAAGAUGGCCGUGUGACGUUCUUGGACCGCCGUGGCGGCGACGUCGUGGAAUCGUUUGGCCUGACACGAACGCUGCUCAAGAUUCGUGGCGCCACGGUCGACGAGGCGUUUGCGUGCGACAAUAGCUUCAUCGUGCAAGUGCGCAACUCACAGCUUGUGAAGGGUCGACAAGUCCCGGAAGGCGACGAAGGCGAGUACUUGCUGUCGGCGCCGAGUCACAAUGAACGCAAGGAAUGGGGCAACGUGAUCCAUUCGUGGCAGCGGCAUUACUGGAGGGAGCCGCUUCAUGCAGGACUCAACAUGUCCGACGAUGAAGAGGAAGCGUUCUUUCAGGCACAGUAUGCCACCCUGACGCGCAUGUUGCAGGAGUCGCCGCGCGGGAAACCAAAGCCCACCUCUCGACAUCGCACGAGCUCCGCAUCGUCAAGCGUUGCAUACAACACGAUGCAGCAGCCUGCGUAUUGACCUACCCAUACUAAAUUAAUGCACCUUGCCCGUGACUCCCCACACCACAA